GCGGAGGGGCCGCAGCGGGGACAACGAGGAAGAAAAGAGGGGUCGCGGAGCUCCCCCCCGCCCCGAGCAGCCUCGUCCCGUUGCCUCCCGCCUAUGUUCCUGGGGCGAGGAGGGUGGAAUCUGCCGCCCGGAAUCCGCCGCCUUGUGCGCUGACCGGCUGGUUGGCUGGGGGCAAGAUGGCGUCGGUGUGGGAUGAGUCCGAGGACGGCGUCGGCGAGGAGGUGCUGAAGAUGUCCACGGAGGAGAUCGUGCAGCGCACGCGUCUCCUCGACAGCGAGAUCAAGAUCAUGAAGAGCGAAGUACUGAGAGUGACCCAUGAGCUUCAGGCCAUGAAAGACAAGAUCAAAGAGAACAGCGAGAAGAUCAAAGUGAACAAAACCCUGCCAUAUCUUGUCUCCAACGUUAUCGAGCUGCUGGAUGUUGACCCCAAUGACCAGGAGGAGGAUGGAGCAAACAUUGAUCUGGAUUCCCAGAGAAAGGGCAAGUGUGCUGUGAUCAAGACCUCUACGCGCCAGACAUAUUUCCUGCCUGUUAUUGGGUUGGUUGAUGCAGAGAAGUUGAAGCCUGGAGACCUAGUGGGGGUGAACAAAGACUCUUACUUGAUCCUGGAGACUCUACCUACUGAAUAUGAUUCACGGGUGAAAGCCAUGGAGGUGGAUGAGAGACCCACAGAGCAGUACAGUGACAUCGGGGGGCUGGAUAAACAAAUCCAAGAGCUUGUGGAGGCCAUUGUGCUGCCAAUGAAUCAUAAGGAGAAAUUUGAAAACUUGGGUAUACAGCCGCCCAAAGGAGUCCUUAUGUACGGGCCUCCAGGAACAGGGAAGACGCUUUUAGCUCGAGCAUGUGCGGCCCAGACCAAGGCUACGUUCCUGAAGCUUGCGGGUCCACAGCUUGUGCAGAUGUUCAUUGGUGAUGGAGCUAAGCUGGUACGUGAUGCUUUUGCUCUAGCCAAGGAAAAAGCCCCUUCCAUCAUCUUUAUUGACGAACUGGAUGCUAUUGGCACUAAAAGGUUUGACAGUGAGAAGGCUGGUGAUCGGGAAGUGCAGAGGACCAUGCUGGAGCUGCUUAAUCAACUUGAUGGUUUCCAGCCCAACACACAAGUCAAGGUGAUUGCUGCAACCAACCGGGUUGAUAUCUUGGACCCAGCUUUGCUCCGCUCUGGACGAUUAGAUCGCAAGAUUGAGUUCCCGAUGCCUAAUGAAGAGGCCAGAGCCAGAAUUAUGCAGAUCCAUUCACGCAAAAUGAAUGUCAGCCCUGAUGUGAACUAUGAAGAACUGGCUCGCUGCACAGAUGAUUUCAAUGGAGCCCAGUGCAAGGCUGUGUGUGUUGAAGCGGGGAUGAUUGCCCUUCGCCGUGGAGCUACAGAGCUCACCCACGAGGACUACAUGGAAGGAAUCCUGGAGGUUCAAGCAAAGAAAAAAGCCAAUCUGCAGUACUAUGCCUGAUCUCUGCCCAGUCAAGGUUGUGGCCUUGGCAGAGGGCAGGACUAGACUGGACUGUACCACUUACUUUCUGUCUGGAAAAAAUAAAGCAUUUUUUCCCUCUAAAAACAAAUCCUUGAUGUGUUGGGGCUGUUGCCCUUACUCAGUGGUUCUACAUCUGCAAAAGGGAAGGUGAGAACCUCCUGUCCACGGCGCCCAGCAUGCUGCCUUUGGAGCCUCCUCCUGCUAGAACUGGAUUAAAUCCUGCUCUGCUACUUCUAUAUGAGGACCAACAGGUUAUACCGCAGUAAGUGUACUUUGAAAUUGAUGAACUGCAGCUCAGACAGCAUCCCCUGUUUUUACCUGUGCAGCCAGUGGACAGACCGUACAGCUUUAUUAGAGUCUUUGAAACUUCAGAACUAACACUCAUUUUGCAAGGGAGAAGCGAACACGAUUUACACAUGGACUAUGUUUUAACUUUGUCAUUUAAACUUAAUUCUGGAAGCUUUAACACCAUUGGUGAAUGCAUGUAUGAGCUCUCUGGUGAAUCAGUCCGGUAAUUAAUCAGAAAGAAUUCAAGGUUUCAUCCACUGAGCAAGUCUUUCAGUACUUUUAAUGCCAGUUGAGAAUUACAACUUCCAUUUAAAAAUUACACUUUUCAUAAAUACACUGACUUUAGCAUUAAGUAUCUUACAUGCCACUGUAUUGUAUUUUAAAUACAAUGUAAACAUCUCCAAAUGCUGGCCA